GCCCGUCCUUUCCAACUUGGGCCCGGCAGAAUGGCUCCCGCAAAGAAGGGUGAAGAGAAGGGCCGUUAUGCCAUCAACGAGGUGGUGACCCGAGAAUACACCAUCAACAUUCACAAGCGCAUCCAUGGAGUGGGCUUCAAGAAGCGUGCCCCUAGGGCACUCAAAGAAAUCCGGAAAUUUGCCAAGAAGGAGAUGGGUACUCCAGAUGUGCGCAUUGAUACUAGUCUCAAUAAAGCCGUCUGGGCCAAAGGAAUAAGGAAUGUUCCAUACCGUAUCCGUGUACGUUUGUCCAGAAAGCGUAAUGAGGAUGAGGACUCACCAAACAAGCUCUACACAUUGGUAACUUAUGUACCUGUUACCACAUUCAAAAAUCUACAGUCAAUGUGGAUGAGAACUAAGCUGCAGAGUGUCAAAUAA